UCCGGCUGCGAGGUGCCGGAAAUUAUUUUAAUUUGACAACAAGAAGGUGUUUGACAGAUAGAUGGUGCAAAUGUUGCUCCUUUUCAGGGAUGUUGAUGUCAUAUAUGGUCGGAAUUGACUUUCUGUGCAUACAUCUACCCCAUGUCAAAAGCAACCAUGCCAUCGAAGCAUGACAUUCUUUCUGAACAUCUCUAUACGAAAGUUGAAGAGCUAAAACCAAAAUAUUCCACUGCACAAAUUACCGGGAUGCUGUUGGAUGGGAACGACGAGAACGUGAUGAGAAUGUUGGAAGAUCCUUCAUAUCUGAAGAAUUAUGUGACAAAAGCAGUGCAGAUAUUGGAAAAUCAAAAUUUUACAUCUAACAGUUAUAGUGCAUCGCGAGACGUGAGGAAGCCAGCAGCGGAGUCCUGCCCAGAACUCUGUGAUGCCCUGUAUGAUAAAAUAGCUGUUCUUGAACCAUCAAUGCCAUCACAGUUAACAGGCAUGCUGGCCGAGCUGGACACUGACACUGUGUCACAGCUUCUAGUAUCGCCCGAGAUGUUGAAACUAGCCGUGUCCCGAGCCAAGGAGUCCUACCUCAAGUGUAACCAUGUCUCACCGGAUGGCAGUGUUCCACACACAGAGCCAAACAACAACCAAACGACAGACAGUGAUCUCGGACAGAAAGUUUAUGACAAAGUUCAGGAAGUUUUCCCUGAUCAUGCUUCUCAUAUCACAGGGAUGCUGUUGGAGAUGGGGACGUCACGGUUGCAGCAUCUUCUCUCCGACGACCCCGCCCGACUGACUGUGUACAUGCAACAGGCCUACCACACACUACAGCAGUACCACGCCCAGUGCUGAGGAUCUCCAGCCACAGAUUGCCUCUGCAUGUCUUAUUUAUCAUACCCCGCUUCCACAUCGUUGCCAUGGUUUCUCGUGUCAAACAAUAUGAAAAAUAUCUGUUGAUGCUAAGUUGAUGGUACACAUGCUUUGCAAAUCCUUUAAUUGACCGAAAUAUGCACGGUACUUUAUAAACCAGAUGUUGAUUUCAUUACGCAAUUUUGAUUGGACUACGCAGGCUUGUUACUCGAGCCAAAAUAUAACUUCAUAAUACCAGCCUAGUUCGGCAAGGGUGGAAAGUGGACUGUUACAGUCAGUUAACUCCCUUGUCUCAGGAAGAUGGACACAAUCUGAGUGGAGGAAGUACCCUUUGAACACUACAGGGGUUUCAAGGAACCCGUUUUUGAACAUAUUUUGCAUUUCAGUUACUUCACAUUACAAUGUAGGGAAAUGUUAGCAUGGUUAGUCUGUUGUCUGUGGUCCCAGUACAAAGCUGUGUCUUGUCAGAUGACCUCAAAAUGAUUGACGUGGCUCUUGUACUACACAACUGGAGGGGGCACGGGUGGCCCAGUCGUCUAAGGCGCCGUAAAACACCAGAAACCUAUGAUUGUGGAUUCGAAUCCUGAUUUGCCUCAAUUAUGUUUCCAGGUUUGUCAUCCCCAUACCCGUGCUCGUGGGUUUCACCAAAGUGGUAAACAUCUGAGACCUGCAUCACUUCAGGCUUUCCUCCCACAUUAAGCUGACAUGCCGCAAUAUAACUUGAAUACUGUUAAAAGCGGCGUUAAAACCUCAACUCACUCAACUGGAAACUAACCAAGUUUUGACUAACAUAAGGACUGCCAUCACAGGUGGUUACAUAUCUCUCAAUUAUUAACAGGGCACAUGUGUAUCCAGUCCCUUAAACGUUGCAAUUCUCUUGGCUGAGUUGAAUCCUUAAUAGUUGAAGCCUGUUAUGGUGAGUUCGAAUCCCAGUUCACACGGAUUAUGUUUCUUGGUUUGUCAGCACCAUAUUCAUGUUUUUAGGUUUCACCGAAGUGGUAAACGUCUAUGACCUCCAUCACUUGGGGCUUUCCUCUCACAAGUCGUGAGAUGAUGACAUACUGUUCAAAGCGAUGUUAAGCCAAGAUCACUCACAAACUCAGUAUUACCUUUUCAAUUAGUUUUUUAACUCAUGAAGAUUUUUACAACUUGAAUAUGAAAACAAAUAUUUCCUUUGCCAUCAUCAAUGAGCUUCCAUCAAAACCAAAGGUCAUUCAUCAUCACAUGUAUCAAUAAGGUACCGUAUUCGACAUAAUAAGCAUCCAGGGCGCUCUCAAAAUUAGAAAUAGGGGGCUUUGUUAGAAUAUAUAUUGGUGAGAAAACAAAACAGAGUUGAAAGAUCAGAAAUUUCGUGGUUUAUGCUGACAGUCUGAAAUGUUUAUAUAUGACAGAUAUAUUUUUCCAGAAUUUAAUUGCCCAUAA